CGAAGACGAUGUUCAAAAGCGGGCGGGGAGCGGCGGCGGCAGCAGCACAGCGCCGAGCACCGGCACCGGGCCGCCGCCAUGCGCCUCCGCGCCGCCACUGCCCUCUGCCUCUGCCUGCUGGGCGCCUGCCGCCUCCGCCGCGGGCUGGAGGCCGCCGCUGUGCGCGGACCGUCGGCGGCCGCUCCCCAGCGACCCUCGGCAGCCGCGCCUUCCUCCGCCUCCUCCUCCUCCUCCACCGCCGCCUCCCCCUUCUCCUCCCUGCCGCGGAGGGACAGGGCUCUCCGCAACGGCACUGUGGUGCCGCACCACUACAUGGUGGCCCUCUACCAACGUCUGGCCGCCCGCCGUGUCCCCGGCCGCCGCGCCGACACGGUGACGGGCUUCGCGGAGCGGACGCGCAGCGAUGCCUCCCCAGCAACUCUCGGGCAGCGAUACCUCUUCGACAUCUCCAGCUUGCCCGACACAGAGGAGGUGACGGGUGCGGAGCUGCGGAUCCUGCGCGCCCUCCCCGAAAACCGGAGCUUGGCCCUGUCCCCCGAAGGCACGUUCCACCACCUCCUCCUGUUCACCUGCCCGAGCCAAGACGGUGAGGAGCCCCGGCUGCUGGACUCCAGGGCUGCAGACAUUGUGGACACGGGCUUCUCCAGAUGGGAGGUGUUUGAUGUCUGGGAAGCGCUGCGGGAUUGGAGGGAGAGGUCUCUCUCGGGCAAGCUGCUGUGCUUCCUGCUGAGGAUCGUCUCGGAUCAGUCGGGGCGGCUCCUGCCCCCCCGGCAGCUGGGAUUCAGCAAGCCCCGGCCACAGCCUCACGAGAGAGCCCUGCUCGUGGCCUUCUCCCGCACCCAGAGGAAGGAGAACCUCUUCAAGGAGAUCCGGGAUAAGAUUAAGGCCCUGGGCAGCCCCAUCUUCUUGGAGCCCCCCGAUCCCGACCAGGAGGCGUUCCCGAAGCGGAGGAAGAGACGGACCACCGUCGCCGCCCGGACGGGGGGCAGAGGCCACGGGAAGAAGGCGAAGACCCGCUGCAGCAGGAAGCCCCUGCAUGUGAACUUCAAGGAGCUGGGCUGGGACGACUGGAUAAUUGCCCCCCUGGAUUACGAGGCGUAUCACUGCGAGGGGAUCUGCGACUUCCCCCUGCGCUCCCAUCUGGAGCCCACCAACCACGCCAUCAUCCAGACCCUGAUGAACUCCAUGGAUCCGGAGUCCACCCCCCCCAGCUGCUGCGUGCCCUCCAAGCUCAGCCCCAUCAGCAUCCUCUACAUAGACUCUGGGAACAAUGUGGUUUACAAACAGUACGAGGACAUGGUCGUGGAGACGUGUGGCUGCAGGUAGCAAUUUCUGCAGCUCUCCCCCUCCCCUCCCUGACAAGCCCAGAGUAGUCCAGCAGCCUUACCCCAUUUUAUAUAUAUAAAUGCAAAUAUAUAUAUAUUAAAAAUAUAUAUAUACACACAUGCACACUUUGGUGUGUGCCUUUCCAAAAGCCAAGCUCAGAGCAGGUGUCCCCUGCCUUCGUGGGGCUGUCCCAGCCGUGAGCCUGGAAGAUAUGGGAGAUGCCUUCCCCCAGACAGCGAGGCUGUAGCUUGUUCUGCCCCGGGCCCUCCCAAAGACAGUGUGACUCCCACCACCCCUGCUGGGUUUCCCGGGCUCAGCCAGAGGUGAUAACGCUGUGGUGGGAGGCAGGGCUCCCGGCCUGGAGCUCCUGCCAUCUCUGUGCCUUGCCUUCUCCCACCAGGCGGGGAGCAGAGCCCCUGGGAAUGCCUUCUCAGCCUCCGAGCUCUUCCUGGUCCACUCCACUUGCUCAAGCUGAGCUGACACUUAUUUCCCACAGGAUUUGGAAAACAUCUGGCUAAAAUUGUCUCAGUGUGGGGGGAUAACCUGGGAGGGGAUGGAGUGGUGACUGCAGCAAUGGGGCCAGGCCAGCAUCACCCUCUGGCUGUGGAGGUGGGGUGGAAGUAAGUUUGGAAUACUUUUAUCUGCGUUAAAGGAGUUUUUCUGGCUUCCUUCACAUCACUGCCCUGGGUUUGCAGGGGAAACA